AAACGCGGCCCACAGCCGUCGCCUCAAAUACAAAAGGGCUGUGGUUUAUAGGGUUUUGCAAGCUCCGAACAAAUGGAUUCAUUUUCAUCGCCUUCAAGCGGUUCUUCUUCCCAAUUUUCGCCCAACGAAUUCAGGGACCAGCUCAAGACUCAGCUUGCUCAGGCGUACGCCGAGGAGUUUCUUGAGACCUUAAGAGUGAAGUGCUUUGACAAGUGCAUCACAAAGCCAGGGUCAAGCCUAAGUGGGAGCGAGAGCAGUUGCAUCUCCAGGUGCAUGGAACGCUAUAUUGAGGCCACCGGCAUCGUCAGUAGAGCCCUGUUUAAGACACCACACUGAAAAGAAAAGGUUUUGCUGAAACAUUAUGAGGUCCAGGUUUGAUAUUCCCCGUUCGAUAUUUGUUAUUUAGUUCUUUAAUCUCUCUCUACUAGAUCACAUGGGUCGUUAGUACAGAUCCACUUGAACACUCUAAUAUCUUCCAAGACACGAUCGACGUCAAUGUCGAUCAUUAUUAUCGUUGAAAUGUUUUUGUCAUUCUCC